UGCAAGUGGCGCCACUACGGGUUUUAUCAGAACUACUUUACUCAUCAAUACAUCGUCUACACAAUGUUUAUGUUCUUUUGACGUUUAAAACUGAUGGAAAAGUCAAAUGAAAUCGCCAUUCUUCAAAGGAAAUCGACGAAAGAUGGAGGCUCUUCCUGUCCAUGGUGUUCAGAAGCGUUUAGUGACCUUCGGGUACUUAUGGAUCACUGGGAGCACUGCAAGAGCCGACAGCAACUUCAAGACAGUUUAGAUUCCUCAAGCGUAUCUGAUUCAGAUACCACUGGUUCUGGUGACAUUGGUGAGAAAAAUAACAGUGAUGAUGAUAGCAUUGCAUAUCAUAGUGAGGGUGAGAAAACUGUAACUGAAGUGUCCAGAAAUGGAAAUAGUAAUUCGCUAUCAUGUAUUCUCUGUAAGCUUGAGUUUAGCAGCGAAUUAGAUUUGAAAGUUCAUGAACAACUUCAUCUGAGAUGUCAUGAUAAGAAAUACUCUUGCUCUAUUUGUGGAGACAAUUUCUCUACUAGUAUUCUUCUUCAUAGUCAUCUCAAAAGUCACAUAGAAUCUAAAUCCUUUUCCUGUUCUCAAUGUGGAAUUCACUCUCUGACAAAAGACGAAUAUCUGGUACACAUGGACAUUCAUGCUUCUGAAAAAUCUAAUAAUUGUGCAGACUGUCCAGAAAAUUUUUCAUCUGACAGUGGUUUAAAAAAUCACUUUUGCAAACAUAACAAUGAAAAGAGCUUCUCAUGUCAUGAGUGCCUCAUGAAAUUUCAUACAGAAGAGGAUUUAAAGUUGCACGUGCUUGCACAUUCUGAUCAAAUAUUAUUCUUCUGUAAUCAAUGUGAUUUAAAGUUUCAUUUGCAAAGUGAUCUUCAAUUACAUGUUUUAAUUCAUCCUAAGCAGAAGAUUUUCUCUUGUUUAGAAUGUGGUAAAGGUUUCUCUAAAGCAAGUGACUUGAGACGUCACAACCUAGUUCACACUGGAGAGAGACCUUUCCCAUGUAUAGAAUGUGGCUCAAAGUUCGGCACAAGUAGCCAGCUAAAAAGACAUGCAAUCAUACACACAGGAUUUCGUCCGUAUGCAUGCACAGAAUGUGAGAUGCGGUUCUACAAAGGAAGUGAUCUCACUCGCCAUAUGAGAACUCAUACUGGAGAAAAGCUUUUGAAGUGUGACUUCUGUGGGAAAGGUUUCAUGCGAUUAAAUGAUCUGAAACGUCAUAUUUUGCUUCAUGACAGAGAUAACAACUUUUCUAGUUUUUUCCAAAUUGAAUCAGCAAGAAACAAGAAGGAGGAAGUAUCUCAUUUCACAUGUGCAGACUGUGGAUUUGUUUCCCAAAACUCAGAUGAAUUUGAAAAACACAAACUUGCACAUGGGGAUAAAAAAUCCCUUGCCUGUUCAGAGUGUAAUGCAAGCUUUUCUGAAAAUACUGACUGGGAAAAGCACAUGAUGUCACACUUAGUUGAAAAGCAGCUCUCAUGUACAUUGUGUGACCUCAAAUUUUAUACAAGUAGUGAUUUAAAGAAACACAGUCUUUCGCAUGUACAACAUAAACGUUUUCCAUGUACUGAGUGUGGAAAAAGCUUUGGAAAGAGAAGUGAUUUCAAACGACACUCUGCUGUUCAUAUGAAAGUAAAGCCAUUCACCUGCGGUGAUUGUGGUGUGAGUUUUGCUAUGGAAAGUCAGCUUAGGAGACACUCAAUGAUCCAUGGAGCUAAUAAGUCAACAUUUUCAACUGUGAAUGAUACUUCUCAUCAGGCAACAAAUGAAAUGGUCAGUACAGCAGGAUGGCACAAUUCAGAUAUAUCUAAUAUUAUUGAUAUUUAUUACAAGGAGUAUUUUAAAGAAAUAGCAUACUUUAACCAUUUAAAUGAGUCAAGUCAGGCAGGUGUAGAUAAAAGCCAGCAGUCAUCUGCGGGAAAUUCAAAUUCCAAACAGCCAAAAGUUGAAUCAGGAAACAUGGAAUACUGUUGCUCUGUGUGUGGAGAAGGCUUCAGCAAAGCAUCUAAACUUGUCAAGCAUAGCUUAACACAUUCCAAUGAGACUGGAGUAGUGUGUGCAGUUUGUAAAGCUGAAGUUGGAUCAAGAGUUGCACUUGAAUCCCACAUUCUUACACAUAUUGAAGAAAAACCCUUUCUUUGUAUUGAAUGUGGAGAUGAAUUCCACACUGAAUGUGAACUUGAAGCACAUUGUUCCAACCAUAUGAAUACCUCAUGAGAGUGAUUUUUACUCUUUGGCAUAUGUAUAGUAAAUGCCUGCUUUUGGAGGAAUUAGUAAGCUAUUUUGUGUGUUGUCCUUUGUGUUUGUGUGUGUGCUCAGUAAAAAGUUUUGGGAACAUGGAAAAGUACCUACUGUUUAGGUAUCGUAAUAUUUGACCAAUGAAACCACUCUAAUGUCCUCAUUGCUGAUUAUUUUAGUUAUGGUUGUUAAGAUGUAUUCAGAAAAAUUUUAUAGACUUUGUAUGAUUAUAAUUAUGUUAUAGUAUGACUACUACUAUGGAUGAUCAGGUGUAUGAUGUUUGCUCCCCAUAUUUGAAGCUGAUUUAUUACUGUUACCUAUAAGUGUGUUGUAUGCUUGUUUUAUUAUUUAGUAGUUGGAGCUCAUAUUACUGUUCACAAAGUUAUGAAGCGGGUCUUCAAAAGUCACUGUUGGCAUAGAAAUGCUGCAAGACUCAUUCUUUUAAGUUACCUAAAUACAAAACAAAGUUAACAGUUUUUCAAAACUUGUUUUGCAAAUCUUUGUUUGUUGGGGGCUUUGACCUAUCUUAUUACAUCAAUUUUGUUAAAGUUAAUUUUCAAAGCAGAAAUAGGUAAUAUCAAGCCUGGAUCAAUAUUUUAUAUUUGUUAUACACCCUGCAGCUAAAAUUGAGUUUACUAUCUUAUAUGUACUGUUAGUUGAAUGAUAUGAUGUGUGAGGUGCCACUCAUGUUUUGUUAGUGUUUUCAUUUUGUUCUCUCCUUAUUUUUGCUGUUGCUAUGGCUUUGUUAUGUUUUGUAUUUUCCCCCACCUCUCAUUUGUGAUCAUAUUAUACAAAUUUUCAAAGAGCAA